ACAUUAAUUCUAACCUAACUUUUAUUUACACGAUUCUAACCUCAACAUUGUCUUGUAGAUUGUUAUUAUUUUAUAAUUUCCUCGUUCAUGUGCUUUUAAUUUUACGGAUAAAUUGCUAAUAAAUCAAAAUCACAAAUGGAGAACAACCCAGAAAACAAUAUAAACUUCAUACCGUGCCUCAAGUGGGUAAAACGUGGGGUGGCAAGUACAAAUCCUGUUAAUGUUCAGUUAUCCAAGAAAGAGCUGGUGGACUUAAUUAAUGAUGCCAAAACUAAACUUAGUAUAGCAACUGCACAGGAGGAGGCUUCAGGAGAUGCCCCCAUGGAGGGCGAAGCUUCAGAAAGAGACGAGUUUAAUUUGGAAAAUUACGACAAUGAUGACGAAAACCAAGCUGCUCAGGCCCUAGGCAUCCAAUCCUUGGCAGAGCUGCCCGCCGAGGCAGAAGAACAUUUUUCUGAGUCAGAUGAUUCGGAAAAAGAAGAUGACUUGAUUAAACCAACUGAUAAUUUAAUUUUAGUGGGGCACAUUGAAGGGGACGCAAGUGUAUUGGAAGUGCAUGUUUAUAAUGAGGAAGAGGAGUCAUUUUAUGUGCACCAUGAUUUUCUGUUGCCAGCAUUUCCUUUGUGUAUUGAAUGGCUGGAUUACGAACCGAACCAGCCUAAAGGGAAUUAUUGUGCCAUAGGCUCGAUGUCUCCCAUUAUCGAUGUAUGGGACUUAGACAUAAUGAAUUGCAUAGAACCGGCCUUUACUUUAGGUAAAAGUGCUAGUGCCAAGAAGAAGAGGGAGGCUAUCGGGCAUUCUGAUGCAGUACUAGCUCUUGCCUGGAAUAAGAAUUUUGAUCAUGUGAUGGCCAGUGGCUCAGCCGAUCAGUCCAUCAUCUUAUGGAAUAUGGAAACUCAGACUCCGAGCACCACUAUAAAUGUGUUUGAGGAAAAAGUGCAAUGUCUCGAGUGGCACAGGUUUGAAGGGCAAACUUUGUUAGCGGGGGGUUGCGAUAAAACCGCUCGUAUUUUCGACUGUAGAAACCCGGAAAACCACCAAAGGUGGACGUUAGAGGGUGAAGCGGAGAGGGUGGUGUGGCACCCUCUACAGCCCUUCCUGUUUUUCGCCGGCACCAGUACCGGAUCCGUAGAGUGUUUCGAUUGUAGACAAGGGAAAUUAUGGUCGUUCCAAGCGCAUGAAAAAGAGGUUACCGGACUCGCCCCUAGUGGACAAUGCGCGGGUUUACUAGUGACCGCCUCCCCCGACGAAACCGUUAAAAUAUGGGACUGUAUUGACCAAAAGGAGCCAAGGUUAGUGGCCGAACGUGAAUUCAAAAUGGGUAAUAUUCACUGUUUAGAAUUGUGCCCCGAUUCGCCCUUCGUUAUCGCCCUCGGGGGCGAUAAGAAGUCCAAUAAUUUCACGGCCUUUGACUUGCAAAACAUCGAUCCAGUGAAACAUACGUUUAGCUCGAGGGAACUCAUUCAGCUUGUGGAAGAAGAAAAGCCUAAUACUAGUAAUGAAGCAAACACGUGAUUGGAUAUGAAUAAACAAAUUAUUUUAUUAUAUAAA